AUGGAUAGCUUCUCCCCCUUCCGCGUUGUGGGGAGUGUGUGCGGCGAGGUGCCGCUCAGCAGCACGACGCUGUACGGCGCCCCUGUGCUGAUGGUCGCCACCGGCCACACGUUCCAGCUGUUCCGCGGGAAGGAGCUCUCCAUGCUUCGGGGCGGCCCACACUUUCUCAAGCGCGUGCGUGCUGUUGCGCAGGCGGGCAAGUACCGCUUCGUCGCGGAGGGGCCGCGCGUGCACGCUUUCACACACCACAAGCCCCUGUGGACGUGCCUGCACCACGACAUCACGCAGAGCAAGGUCGAGCACCUUCUCGCCGUCAACGAGCUCCUCUUUUGCGUCGGGCAAGACAAGCGCAUCGCCGUGCGGGCGGUGAAGACGGGGCGUCUGCUCGGCGAGUUCCUCGUGGAGCGCAGCGAGUCGGUGCGUGCGCUCGUGCUGCCCGCUGGCUACAACAAUAAACUCCUCGUCGCUACCACGGAAGGGGCGCUGCACUUGUACAACUUCAAGACGGGCGUGUGCCUGUGGUACGCGCAGCGCGAGCCGGGCGCGCAGCUGCUGUCGCUCGCCGCCAGCAGCUACAAGGACAUCGUCGCGUACGGCACGAGCCGCGGCCGCGUGGUGGUCUUCAACCUCGGCACCGCCGAGGAGAUUAUGUCCUUUGACCACAAGGAGCAGGAGGCGGUGACGGCACUCGCGUUCCGCGCCGACAAGAGCGUGCUGGUGUCGGGCACCAGCGCGGGUGAGGUGGCACUGUGGGAUCUCGACAACCGCUGCCUCGACGGCGUGCUCACGCGCAGCAAGCAGGUGCCGUCGGAGGGUGAGGUGCUCGAGACACCACACACCAGCAUCGUGCACUCCAUCGUUGCGCUGCCGACUGAUAGCGCUGCCAUCGUGACGGCGGGCGCUGACAACGCACUGAUGCAGUUCCGCUUCGACACCGUUGACGGGCUUGGGGUGUUGGUGAGGGAGCGCCGCGGCCACAUGGGCAACUGCACCGCCGCCCUCUUCUAUAACACGGACCUCCUCCUCACAGCAGGCACAGACCGGGCGCUGCGCGUCACGCACGUCUUCUCAGAUCGUGCCUCAUGGGAACUGUCGCAGGGUAAACUGGGUCGACGUGGGCGCGAAAAACAGAUGGGGCGCGAGGCGCUCAAGAUGACACCCGCCAUUGCCAUCGCCAGCUGCACUGCGCGGAACUACCAGUGGUCAAGUGUCGUCUCGCUGCAUGAGGCGUCCGCGCAGAUGUGUGGCUGGCGCAUGGAUACACGUGCACUGGAGUGCAAGCUAAGUGGUAUUAACACAUCCAUGCACACCGCGCGCGCCGUGGCGAUGAGUGACUGUGGCAACUACGCCGUUGUGGGGUACUCCAGUGGAAAUGUGUCGGUCAUCAACAUUCAGAACCGCAGCGUACGGCAGCUCUUCGAUGGCGCCCUACGCCCGAGUGAGCGCGCCCACGUCAGCUCGGUAGAGUGUGUUGAAAUCGCUUGUGGCAACAGCAUUGUCGUCACGGCGGGCCUCGACGCACGGAUAAAGAUGUGGGACCUCCUCACCUCCAGCCUCCGCUCUGUCGUAGAGACGCAGUGCCCGAUGAACAAGUCAUGCGUGCACCAGCCUUCUUCGCUCUUCAUUGUGGCCCAGCACUUCACAAUUCGUGUGUACCACUGCAACCCCGACGUGGGUCUCACUCCAGCAGAGCUCGCCACGCCUGUGCGAGAGUUUGACGGGCACAACGGCCCCAUCACGGCGCUAGCGUUGGCACCAGAUUCCUAUCGCUACGUCGUGUCAGCGUCCGGUGACGCAGCGUUGCUCGUGUGGGACCUCGCAGCGGCUGCCUGCGUCGGGCAGUACCGGUUUGCAUCCCCUGCCGUCUCGCUUAGCUUCCACCCUGAUGCACUAUUCAUGGUCUCCACGCACGCAGGCGAGCGUGGCGCGUUCCUGUGGUCAAACAACCUGCGCUACGGGUUUGUGCCAGAGAUCGUGGAGGACCCGAAGGGGUGCGCUGUCGAGCAGCUGCCGCUCCUUCACUUCCCCACCGCCCACGGCGAAGCGGAGGAGGAAGAGGAUGAGGGUGGGACGGCGGCAAAUGGCAGUAAAAACCUGGACCAAAACGCCAAGGACGAGUCGCUGCGAAAAGGUGUGGAGGACGAGGAAGAAGAGGGUGACGAUGAUGCGAAGGGCGAGGCUAAUGCGGUUGGUGGUAGUGGUGAUGUUGCUGUGGAGGCUGAGCUCUUCGACGCGGCGAAGGACACCGCGCUCAUGCGGCGUCAGCGGGAGCAACAGCAGCUAGAGCAACUCGACCAGAUUGUCUCUGGAGGCCUGCGGCUUGCCGGCGUACCCCGCUCCACGUGGUUUAACCUCACCGUGCUGGAGCAGAUUAAGGAGAAGAACCAGCCGUUGUUGCCGCCCAAGAAGCGCGACGUCCCUUUCUUCCUCGCCACGACGCAGGAGCUGCGUCCGACAUUUCUCGUGGUUGCAUCCGCUGGCAACGACGGGGAUGCGGCGCCUGCGCAGGCGCGUGUGGUUGGCGCCUCCCUCGCUGAGCCGACCGCGGUUCAGCGUAUGUUGCUGCACGACGAACACGAUGCACUAAUGGCGCAUCUUCUUGCGCUGUCGACCCCGCAGGCCAUUGACCUGGAGCUCAAGCGUGCCGUGGACUACGCCGAGGGCGGCUCCUACUCGCAGGAGGAACUGGAACGUAUCAAGUGCUGCCUGCGCGGGCUUCUCGCAUUUGUGGCAACGUGGCUCCGGCGCCGUGAGAACGUGGAGCUCGUACAGGGCAUCCUUGCUGACGUCAUUCGCUCCCAUGGCGCACUCAUGACGAAGUGUGGUGAAGAGCUCGUUGGCGUGCUUGAGGAGGUGGCGGAGCUGCAGAACACGGUGCGGUACAGUAUGGACCACUUGGUGGGCUAUCCGAGCUGUCUCGUCGGCACCUUCUCCGGGUCGCUCUUCUAG